AUGUCUUCAAAACAUCUCACCGACAAUUUUAGUUCUUCAUCGUCCGAAUCAUCUUCCCCACUUUCCUCCCCAACUCGCUCGACUCCUCCCUCACUUCCUCGCGGACGACGACCACAGAUCGGUAUCGAACCCUCCACAUUGAUUGGCAAGAAGCUGAAGCUCGUCCACCGAUCUCACCGUCACCCUACUGUCAGCUUACACUUCACCGACAACACGUCAUUCCAGAUCCUAGUCGACGGGUACGAUCCGGUGCAUCGCGGUGUGCCGAAGGAGAUCGAGAUGGAUCCCGAACUUGAGCCCAUUUUUAACCAUCCGGGCGGCAAGUGUAAGGUGGAUCUCACCAUCUUGAAUGCGACGGUUAUCACGUUAGCGGACAAGGCGUUUGAGCUGGGCGCGAAGGAGAGUCGGUGGGACCAGGACCAUGCAGGGAUCGCCCUGAAAUUCGCGGAGGACCAGAAAUGGCAUUGCGUAUGGGCAACUAUGGCGGAGUAUGACGAUCAUGCCCGAGGGAAUUCCAGAUGCGUCUUCCGCAGUUACAACGAUGUCUACCUCGCUACCCUCCAGCGUCCGAAAAAUCGGAGACACGGACGUAAAUUAUCGGGGGGUGGACAUUAG